AUGACCCACGAGCAGAAGCAGAAUCUCCUUUCCUUCGCCCCUUAUAUAGAAAAGACGCUGAAUCCGAAAUACAUCUUGAGCUAUAUGAAGACCUGGCUCACUGAUGAGGAUGUGGAAAAAAUUCAGUCGGAAGGACGUACGGGUCCCACCGCUGCUGCUGCACUGUUUCUUCGAAUUAUUCUGGACCUCAAGGAGGAUGGAUGGUUCCGUGGGUUUUUGGAUGCUUUGCAAGAAGCAGGUUACAGUGGCCUUUAUAAGGCAAUUGACUCUUGGGAUUUCCUGUCAAUUGAAAACCUAGAGGAGCACAGACAGCUUCUGAGAAAAAUUGAGCCUUCUUUGAGAGAAAUUGAUACUGACCAACUGCUUCCAUACUUACAUGACUGUCUCUUGGACCAGGAGUCAGAAGAGAUUAGACAGAUUAAAAAAAACGGCACCAGAGCAGAAAGCGCAUCAAAAUUAGUGGCAUGUCUAUGUCGGUCUGACAAGGAAAAUUGGCCCAAAACCUUUCACCUGGCACUGGCCGAAGCAGAAUAUGAAAAUAUCAUCCAACUCUGGAAUUUGACAGAUGAUCGCAGUGAUACAGCACAGGACGAUGACAAUGACGAUGAGGACAAUUAUGCUAUUGAUAUAAAUGUGCAAUAUACUGAAGAAGCACAACCUGCCAACUGUAGUGCGAAUGCCUGCUCCUCUUUGUGUUCUCCUGCAGAACCCUGUCAGCAGUCGACUUAUUUUCCAAAGGAGGCGAGAAGCUAUCAAACUGAACUUGCCCGGCCUGCUCUCAAUGGCAAAAAUACCAUCGUUUGUGCCCCUACUGGAUCUGGGAAGACUUUUGUGUCUCUUUUGAUAUGUGACCAUCACCUCCGCAACCAGCCCGCUGGAGCGAAAGGGAAGAUUGUCUUCCUUGCUACUAAAGUCCCAGUGUAUGAACAACAGAAGAAAGUCUUCCAGGAUUAUUUUAAAAGGACCAACUAUACAAUUGCAGGCAUAUGUGGGGAAACAGCUGUUGACACUCCUGUAGCCACGGUUGUUAUGGAAAAGGAUAUCACAGUCAUGACACCUCAGAUUCUUCUCAAUUGUCUCAAUAAUGGAACACUGCCUUCUCUUUCGCUGUUCACACUGAUGAUUUUUGAUGAGUGCCACAACACAACUAAGAACCAUCCCUAUAAUGUGUUAAUGUCCAAGUACCUGGAUCUUAAAUUUGAGCAAGCUGAAGCACCACUACCUCAGAUUGUAGGCUUGACAGCCUCCCUUGGAGUGGGCAGCGCCAAAAAUCUUCAGGAGACCAUAGAAUACAUCUGCACAGUUUGUGCCUCGCUCAACGUCCAGGUCAUAUCAACAGUCAAGGAGAACUUGAAAGAUUUGGAGGAGAUUGUGUACAAGCCUAAAAAAUCAAUUAAGCUUACUGGAAAGCGUCCUCAAAGUCGCUUUGUAGACAUUAUUUCACACAUGAUGUCUGAAACCGAAGCCCUGGCAAGAAAACUUUACUCUAUAGAUGAUUUGUCCCCUAUUAAGUGCAGAAGUUUUGGAACACAGAAAUAUGAACAGUGGAUUGUUCAUGUUCAGAGGGGAUGCUCAGUGUUACAACUGCCAGAUAAGGAGGAAGAAAGCAGGAUUUGCAGGGCUCUUUUUAUUUGCACAGAGCACCUUCGGAAAUACAAUGACACCCUCAUCAUUAAUGAAGAUGCACGUACUCAGGAUGCACUGGAUUACCUGAAGGAAUUUUUUGAGAAUAUCAAAAGUGGAGGGUUUGAUGAAAUAGAAGAAAAGCUGGCUUCCAACUUUGAAGAUAAACUGCCAGAGAUGAAUGCACUUUCUCAAGAUGAAUCCAAUGAAAACCCCAAAUUAGAAGCGAUUACUUUCAUCUUGGAAGAAGAGUACCGAUUCAAACCCCAAACUCGUUCCAUUCUCUUUGUUAAGACAAGAGCUCUGGCAGCAGCCUUGAAGAACUGGAUAGAGGAAAGCCAUCAGCUCAGACACCUGAAGCCAGAGGUCCUGAUGGGGCGUGGGAAGAGAAAUCAGGACACAGGUAUGACCCUUCCAAAUCAAAAAGGUGUCCUGGAGUCUUUCAAAAGUGAUGGGGACAGCAAGAUGCUCAUAGCUACAUCGGUAGCUGAUGAAGGGAUUGAUAUUGCCCAGUGCAACCUUGUCCUCCUGUAUGAAUACACAGGCAAUGUCAUCAAGAUGAUACAAGUUAGAGGUCGUGGCAGGGCAAAAGACAGCAAGUGCAUCCUUGUGACUAGCAAAAGCGAACGGGCUGAAAUAGAGGAAAUCAACAUGUUGAAGGAAAAGAUGAUGAACCAAGCCAUUGCGAACCUUCAGAAGUGGGAUGAAGCUACAUUAGCUCAGAAGAUCAGAAACUUGCAAAUUAAACAAAAGCGGAAGCAAGAUUUCAAGAAAAAAGAAUCCCCAUCAAGAACGAGGACAGGCAGUCGAAGGCUUUUGUGUAGGAAGUGCAAAAGAUUUGCCUGUGACUCGGAAGACAUCAGGGUAAUUGAGACAGCCCACCACACAGUCAUAGAUGAGAACUUCAGGGAGCGCUAUUUGACGAAGCCUCAUGAAGCGGGAAAAUGCUUUGACAACAUCAAGGAAUGCUGCAAGUUAUACUGCAGUGAAUGCCAACAUGACUGGGGCAUUACUGCGAAAUACAUGACCUUAGAUGACCUGCCUAUCAUCAAAGUGGCGAGUUUUAUAGUGGAAGACACAGUUUCCGGGAAGCAGUUCCAUUUCCGAAAGUGGAAAGAAGUUGAUUUUGCAAUGAAGCCGUUUGCCAUUGAAGAAAUAACUAGCUGAAUACAUAACUGGCUAGGUGGCUGUAUCUGUAUUUAAUCUCAUGAAAUGAAUUAGGAUGCAUGUAUUUUUUUUGUAAUGCAGGGAAUUUUAUAGCUGUAGCACUUCUGAAGUUGGUUUUAUACUUGAUUCAGUGUAACUAUAAUGUACAAAGGUUGGGUCCUAUGAGUUUUUAUAUUAAUAAAAGACAAAUUGUUGGGGAAGAAUGAGAGCCACAGGAAGAAAGGGAAUUGGGCAAAAAGCAAGCAGAAAAGCUGGUAGAACCUUCUCAUACAAUUUCUAAACCAGCAAAGCCAUUUGAAGUUGCUACCCCAUGCUUCAGUGUGGAGAAAUUAGCAGGGCAAAAUACAGAUGAUAAGUCAUUUCUACCAGAAAUUCCACACUUUAGUAUCUUAAUGCUAACCUGAAGUGUCUUUAACACUCCAAGGCCUUUACAUGUUAUGUGUGUGUGUACUUAACUUUGAUAACCCCAAGAAACCCAAAUAAAUAUUAGUAUCAAAAAAGGACAAACCAUGAUCUUUUAAAAGUAGAUUUAAUUAUAAAUGGUCCUGGUGCCCCCCCCUCCAAAAAUUUCCCCUAAAGCAAAGGCUAGGAAGAACGUGGAGGGAGCUUGAGAGAGCAUCUAUACUGUUAAUAAAGAAUGGUUAAGCAGUUCUUAAUAAUUUCAACAGUAUUGUCAAAAAAAGAUGCUAAUUAACUGUUUUAAAAGAAAGUGGAGAAUAAUAGUCAAAUUGUUAGUAUGAGACUGUUAAUCCAGACAAGAAACAACUGGUCUAAUCAGUUGAAAUCAAGGGGUGAAGUUCUUUCAUUGCAUCAGCAAGUGUUUCCAAAAUUUGUCAGUCUAUUUUCCCUGUACAAAACAGACAAAGUACUGUAGGUGGGAUGAGUAAAAAUAAACCUAGGCUGGUUUGGUGGUCAAGAUGCCUAGCUCAGAGUCUUAACAGUGUAAAUAUCCCUUUCAAUAAUACAAUCCAUACGUAUGCAAUUCA